AUGGUUGUCAUGGCAGAUUCAGACAAUGAGGACCUCAUAAUCCAACAGGUGAAGAGGGAUAAUUUGCAUUUCAAGGCGCUGCUAAAUUUGGUCCCUCCACAGUCCUACUUCAGCCAAGAAGAUAAGCUUGAAAUAUUAGGCGGUCAUACAGGGGACACAGACGACGAAGCUGAGGGUCCAGAAAAUAAGAAGAGAAGGAGGCUAUCUGUGAAUCCAUUUACCACCUUGUCUGUGACAGAGAUUAUUGAAAAGAGACAUCAAGGAGGGCUGGCUGGAGCCGGCAAGCAGAUGUCCAAGCCUAAAAUAGUGGAUGCUAGUGGAGGUGUUGACAAGGCAGCACAGAUUGUGGAGAAACACAAAGGUAAAAAGUUGAGUCGGUCGGCCAAAGGGAACAAAAACAAAGGAAAAGAGCUAGAAAAGAGAGAGUCAAGACAGGAAGAGCUGAAAGAGAAAUUAAGAAAGAAGUUAGAGGAAGUUAAAGCUCAAAGAAACGCAGGUGAUGCAACUCCUCAGGAACUGAAGAAGCUCAAACGGCAACAGAAGAAGAUGAAUGCCAAAGCUAAGAAAACCAAUAAGACUAACAAGGAACAGAAGAUGAAUGCAGUGACUGAAGGUACAAAAUCUCAGCCAGAGAUUUCGUCACAGAAGCAAAACAAAGCAUCAGCAACAACCAAAUUUGACUUUUCAGUUUCCUUCAAGGGUGAUACUCCUUCCAGAACUUCUGAUCUACGUGGUCGAGAUUAUAAAAGGUUAUUGGAAAAGGUGGAGAAGCGGAAAGAGAAAGUUGAAAAGUUAAAAGAGAAAGAUUUGGAAAAAGGUAAAAAGCUGGAAGAAAAAUUUCAGUGGCAGGCAGUGCUAAGUAAAGCACGGGGAGAGAAGGUUAAGGAUGAUCCGAACCUCUUGAAAAAGGCAGCAAAGAGGAAAGAUAAAAUGAAGGAAAAAAGAAAGAAGUCAUGGGAUGGCCGAGUGAAGACUGUAGAGGAGUCACAACAGAAGCGACAACAGAAACGUCAAACGAAUAUUCAGAAGCGUAAAAAUGAAAACAAGGAUAAAAAGAGGAAGAAGCUGAUAAAGAAAGGAAGAAUACUUCCUGGCUUGUAA